AUGCUCUCCCUUCACUUAUUUCGUAUGGCGACGGCUGCAAGGUAUCUCUGGCCCCAGCGACUGCUAUCCCGACCCCAUCUGACGACGAUCCUGACCCAGCUGCACAUGUGCGCGAUGAUUAACCUCCUAAUUGUCAAUAAAAGAGCAAUUAAAAACUCCGGGCAGACAACAAUUCCACAUGAUGAUUUUGAAAGGAAAUUUGAAUUAUUUAUUCUCCCGAGUUCUUUCUUUCUUUUUUCUUUCUUUCUUUUCGAAGCGUUUUCUUUGUUUUUCUUUUUUAAAACUCUUUCUUUCCUUCUUUAUUUAUUUAUUUCUGAUUUCUUUCUUCAUUUGUUCGUUCGCGUUUCUUUCAAUACCAAACUUGAACUUCUUUGUUCUUUCUUUCUUUCUUUCUUUCUUUCUUUCUUUCUUUCUUCUAUUCCUCCAUUGAUCCUUUCUUUCUAUCAAUUCUUUCUUUCGUCCGUCCGCUCAUUCUUUCGUUCCAUCAAUCUUUUCUUUGUCUUUUUUCUUUUCUCUCUAACACCGUCUAUCCUUUUUCUUUAUUAUCAUUAUAAUCCUUUCUUUCUAGCAAUUCUUUCUUUCCUUUUCCAUCCAUGUCAUUCUUUUCUCUUUUAUUCUUUAAUAUUUUUUUCCAGUUUAUUUUUAUUUUUCUUCCUAAAACUCUUCCUAGUUUUGCCAAUACGCUUUUGUCCCACCUACAACCACCAAUCCUUAUCUUCCUGCUAUAUCAGUGAAGAGUGCAGCACAACUCGCCAUAUUAACAAAGUGAACUUGAUCGGUGAUCCUCUAAAUUCCGGAUUGGACCAGCCAGGAAACCGGAUGUAG